GGUAUUUCCGGUUAGAAUAUCUACAAAGUGGUUUGUAAACAGUGUUUUACUGCAGUCAAGCUUGGAUACCUUACGCAGCAUAGAACAAUCAGUCGGCGACAAAAUAUUUUAGAAAAUGACUGGACGGCGAAAGUCCGCAUAUGAUUUGUGCCUUCACAAACACGAUGUCAUUUGUGAUUUUAUGUACAAUCUGUUGCCAUGUCGCUACUUUGAAAGAGACAAGCAAAGCCAGAGCAGGGUUGGAACCCUGGACCUCAGAUUGUCACACUGCCUCUGAACUUAGCUACCAUAACAACGGACGUUUCGUGGUCAAAUUGCGCUACAUCAGAAACAAAAUGAAUUGGAUGUCGCUGUAUAUACAAAAUCAAAAUUCAGAGUGAUCCUACUAACAGCAAAGGCAUUAUGUGAGAUAGUGAUCAGACAUGGAUAACUACUUGUCUAGACUUGCCACGUUCUUUUCCUUCCCGUUCACAUCACCUGUUUCAACAACUUCUCUGGCCGAGUCAGGUUUUCAUUAUACUGGAAAUAAAGACGAGGUUGCUUGUCAUCGUUGUCUGUUGAGAUAUAGUGGGUGGCAGAGACAGGACAAUCCAAUGGCUAUCCACAUUACGAUGUCUCCUAAUUGCACAUUUGUGUUAAAGGCAAAUGACGAAGUGUGUAAUGGCAGUCACUGUAACUUUUCUGUUGGUGAUGUAAGUCCACAGGAGAAAAUAGAAUGCAACGGUGGUGCCAUCGGCGGACCAUUGGAUGGUGCUAUGAACAAAACAAAAGGGUUAAUAAAACAAGACAAGACUGUUUCUGGCCAACAGUCAUCAACUGUAAGUUACCGGGAAACUGACGAUUCUUUGUUCGCAACGAGAAAUGCUAAUUUUCCGCACAAAGUGAUUGACUCUAAUCUGACACCAUCAUCAGAUACUAUUACUUCAUCUACGAGUCAAACCCUGACCAAUGAACAUUCCGUUGCAGAAUUCGACGCGUUGAGCCAAAACAUACCUGAUCGUUUAACAGGAGGGCAUAGUGCACAACCUCUUGUGCACACGAAUCGACCGGAAACCGACUCACUGGAACCUGAGAUCCAUAGAUCCGGAGAGGACAUUCCUAAUACUAUAAGGACAGGUCAUGCUCCUGUUAAUAAUCUGGAAACCAAUCAUGACAUUUCCUCUCAAGCAUCGCAAGCGCUGAACGCAGUCAACCCGCGCUAUCCACAGUUUGCAGUACUUGCCGUACGGUUUACAUCAUAUAAAAAUUGGCCAACACAUCUAAGGCAAAAACCGGAGGAACUAGCAAAAGCUGGACUCUUUUAUGAAGGUACCAGCGACUACGUAAGAUGUUUCUACUGCGCAGGAGGUCUACGUGAAUGGGAACCAGAAGACGACCCCUUUAUUGAGCAUGCCAGGUGGUUUCCGUUCUGUGAGUUUAUGAGACUGAUAAAGGAUGACCAGUUCAUUAUGGCGGUUCAAGCAGGAACAAUCAAAGCAGCACCCCAGGAACAAUCGCAAAAACCCGAAGCACCGAAAACGAAAUAUUCGUUCGAUGAUCCAGCUGUCCUUAGUGUAAUGGAAAUGGGUUACAACGAAGAAACCAUAGCGAAGGCCAUCAAAUUAUUCAGCAAACGACAAGGUAAGACACUGAGUGCUGAAAUACUACUGUCUCUUGUUUGGGAGAUAGUGGAAAAUGACGGGGUUGUCUCCGAUGAAGAGCAUGGCAGUAGGGCAAAUGAAAAUGUGCCUGACGUGUUACACGGAGAAGUUGAUGAUAAAAACAGAGACAACGGUGUGUCUUUCGGAGAAAGCAGAGUAGAGGGUUUUAUUGCCACAGAUGUAGUUCAGCUUCAAGAGGAAAACCAAGAAUUGCGAGACAGGAAGACAUGCAAGGUGUGUCUUGACGAGGAAGCUAGUAUCGUGUUCCUUCCGUGUGGUCACCUGGUCACUUGUCCGAUGUGUGCUUCAGCCUUGAGGAAGUGUCCAAUAUGUCGGACUUUUAUUAGAGGAACUGUAAAGGCUAUUGUAUCCUAACCGAACUUCAGUGUAUUUGCGAACUAUCAGUAGUUUUAAUAUCUGCCUCAUUGGCUGAUCACCUCGCUUAUGUUUAACAGCUGUUUAUCGGAAAAGGAGUGGACUGUUCAGAACAUGUUUAACCUCAUAUAUAUAUUAUGUAUAUGUAUUGGUAAAGAAGUAAUAACGAUAAUGUUUAGAAUAUUUCUUUCGGUUUUUGGGGAUUAGGUGUUUAGGUCAUGUGUUUUUUUCGGCGUGUUCUGUAAUAGGUUAGGACACCAGCUAUUAUUGUUCUAGCUAUGAAGGUGUUAGUCUAAUGUAAAACCAUCUAAACGUUCUAUUUAUGUAUUGUAAUAUAGAUACAAUUAACGACUUGAUCAACAUGAUGUGAUAUUCAGACGUGUAAUAACUUUUAGAUAUUUAGUAGGGAAAGUUUAUUAUUUCAACUGUUUUACAAAAUAUUGGACAGUUAAACAGGUGUUAGCGAAUAAACGCGGGUUAUUGAUGUUAGGUCCAUAUGUCAUCUUUAAAAUCAUUCAUCAAAACCGUGUCGUUACAUACCGGUGAUAUGACCACGCGUGUAUUUCAUACACGCGCAACCUUCUAUGGUUUUAGCGUUGGCCUUCUUAUUUUCAUAAAAUAAUCGUAUUGAGGACGAAUCGUAACAGUAUAUACAUGAAGUUAGAAACGUGUGGACAAGUUAAAGUCAACGGUGAAGACAAUUUUAUGAUGCUACAAUAGAGACACCGGAAACGUUCCUAUUUCCGGGAAUUUUUCGAAAUAUGCACCCUGUACAUCAAAAUACCGAACUCCAGUGUUUUGUCAAGAAAAAUAUGCUACUUAUUAAGCACUUUUGGCCUAAAAUACCUCCCUUAAACUUCCAUAGUGCUUGAAAUAAGUUACGUCACAUUUCGCCGUACUUUGACCCGCAUUUUGCCAGUGUUGCAGUUUGCGGCACAAUUCCAUCCCGACAAUACUGUCGCUACCUUCAGUGAAGAUAGCGAACAAUACUUACAGGUAUGUGGUGUGUGGAUUAAAGAUUACAACUUUCGAAAUCCAAAAUGUGCGCUUUCGGUAAACGUAUUUACUCUGCAACCUUCGAUUUUCGCAUGACAAAGCCGAAGGAUUCGGAUGAGCUAUUUGAUUUGUUCAAUGUAUUCAAAACUGACCAUUUUUAAAACAUCUAGACAAAUGAUAUAUUUGCUUUGAAAAUCGUCAAAGAGCUAGUCUUGUGAUCAAACCAGGUUCAUUUACCACAGCUAUGCCAUGGUAUUAAUUUUUAUCUUCAAUCAUAGAUCCAUNAUAUACUCUACGUCAUCGGCGAAUCAUGCAUGAGUAUAUAUAGAUUCUAUCUUUAUGUGACUAUGGUACCCUUACAUGUACCUUGUGUAUAAUGUAUAUGAUUUUAUUUAUUCCUUAUAUUGAAAUGUGUUCGUGUAACAUUGGCUUCAGUUAACACAUACUAUCACAUCGGUCUAUUUCACGGGACCGAGGUCGAUGCAUAAUAUAUAAGUAUUCAGUGCAUUUUUGUCGCAUUUUGUUCAAUAUUUUUCAAAUUCGAAAUUCGCAACAAAAAGAGAAGAUAAAUUUUGGUCUCAUUUUCUGUACAAAAACUCGAAACAAUGAACGCCCUUAUCAAAAUAUGCAUACAUUUGCUGCAUUUAGUAAAGUGUAUUGUUUUAAAGCGACAGCUGUCUGUGCUCAAGUCUGUCUUAUUUGUUAGAGUAGGCAGCAAUAUUUCAUACGGAUACUUUGCAUUGCACAUAUGGUUUCUGCUUUUGUUUCCUUUCCUCGUUCCAGUUGAUCGAUAUACAUUACAAUUUCUGAACUGGUAUACAUACAUAUAUGUUCUAGUUUAAAUUAGUAAGUAAUGCUUCAUAGGAGGGAGCGCUUUGUGUCUUAUUUAGGCUUCGAGGCUGACUAAAAACUGUACAUCAAUGAUACUUCAAAACUUUUCAAAUGUAACUAUUAUAUAAUACAUGUUUACUUUUGGUGAUCUAAAUUGUGACAUGAAUACUUUAAAUUUCGAGUGCCACACUUUAAAUGUAAACAUGAUAUCGACAAACAGGUUUGUAUAGUGUUAAUUUUAAACUAAAUGUAAUGUGUUUACUCAAAAUUGCCGACUGCAUAGGUACACACAUAGUACGACUUGGCAAUAAGCCAGAUCGCACUUGCAGGGGUGUACAGGUUUACUUGUCACCGUUGAAGCAGGUACAUUGACCUAUUGCGUGGAUUACUAUAAAAGCAGGCAUGUUCUGCUGUAGAUCACAAGUAAUAUAACUCAAAUGUG